CUUGGGGCUGGUUGGGCUCCUCGGUGUGAUUUGUUUGGCUUCUCGGGCCUCUGGGCAAUCAAUCGCCCUCUGAAGUCGUCUUGAGGGUGAUAAUUUGCUUUAUGCCGCUGCGCUGAGUGGGGGCUUUUAUUUUUCCCGAAUUAAGCUUUCUCGCGCGCGUCGCGAUCCUCUUUCCAGCUUUUGGCGUCAUGGAAGGCAGUCCCCACGUUGGAGCUUUGGGAGCCUCUCUCUGACUGAUUGGAAAGAAUGUUCCUGCCUGCCCGACUUUGACCUGCUUUAUUGCUCAUAUUCACCACUGCAGUCCGCCGCAUGCCCUGUGCAAUCCGCCUCCAAGAUGGACUAAAUUAUUCUGUGCGAGCCGUAACCGAUUCUGCUGUGCGAGCAGACUUGGCGCGUACGCCGCGAAGACGAGUGCCUUUACUGCCUUUCGAUGUGGCCGCUUGUCUGUUAGUGAAUAGCUUUUGUACUCCCGCAGCUCUUCUGCUCACGCUUCUUGCGAUCCCCUACCAACUUCACGUUGCGUCCUGCGCCAAGCUGUAGUGGAUUUCGGUGUUAGAUUCUAUGAGCAAAAACUCUGUUGAGGUUUCGAUAAUCGUAGAGAAUCUGGACAUAGUGAGGCAGGGGAAACGCGCGGGCCUGUUCACUUUGCUGGUUUCGUAUUUUGGCUGACCUGACGUCAGUCGAGGAGCCCACCCUGGUCCCUGUUUGUCCUAAUUUGGCAUCCGCUGCUCUCAGUCAAUACUUUAGCGCACAUUGGAGCCACCCCGGGCUCGUUUUGCUGUGAGGGGGCCUGUUAGCAACCGCUGACGGAAUCAGAGGAAUGAGUGUUGGCCAUGGAAGGGGUGGAUUUUCCCUGUUUCUGAGUUGAGUUCGGUCGCCCAUUUGGUCUGUGCGGUCUGUACCCAGAGCUGGUUGGUGUCGGAGGGAAACAGAAGAGGAUUCUGGAAACACUUGCCUUGCCCACAAUUCUAGCAGAUCUUAUGUGCUCCAUGUGCUCAUCAGUUUCUAUUGACUUGACCCAUCGGCUUUCCUCCGUCGCGACCAUCCUGCUGUUGAAAAAUAGGGCUGUUCACGCCAACUAUUCUUUUCUUCUUCUCCAUCCUCUGCUUGGCGGAUCAGUGCUUGCAAUUCUUCGUUUCCGAUUCUGGGAGAGAAACAUUUGUGUACCAAGUCGUUCCAUGAGGCGACUGCUGCGCUUGUCAAUUCGCGACAAAUAUUCUGAGCGAAACCUCUCAUAAGCAUAUUUAAACUGCUGUGCGUUCAAUAGCAAGAAGCCGAGGCUAAGGAGUUGUUGCGAUGGAGAACAUGGCUAUGAGAGAAGGUUUUGGACAUGAUCGCACUGGUCUGUCACCAUGCUUUUUGACUUCCGAGGAUGAGGAAAUGGAGUCCACUCCACGGGAUUUGCAACAAAAGUGGAAAAGACUAGUACAAGGACGCAUUGGAUCCAUUGAUGAUGGCCAAGAAGUUGUGGGAGAGGAUCGAGAUUCAAACUGGCCAGAUCUGCCCAUGGAGCUGCUCAUGCGUAUUAUGGGCCUAGUAGACUACCGCACAAUUGUGGUUGUUAGUGGAGUUUGCACUGCGUGGCGUGAUUCUUUACAUUUGGGAAUUGUUGAACUUUCAUUUUGCUGGUGUGGUAGCAACGUUAGCAACCUUGUACGGUCAUUGGCUCCAAAAUUUUCAAGAGUUCAGGUCUGCAAUCUACGUCGGUGCUUGGUUGCUGACGUAGCAAUUGAGGCUCUGGGAAGGAAUCUGCAUGAAUUGAGAGUGCUUGACUUGACCGGGUGUACACUGCUUACGGAUGAGUCUCUAUUGGCGCUGGCUAGCGGUUGUACUCGACUAGAGAAGUUAAAUUUGAGUGGUUGCACAGGGAUCACCGAGGUUGGUCUUGUUGCUUUGGCUGGAAGGUGCUCUUCCCUGAGGCAGCUGAAUCUUUGCGGGUGCUACAAUGCUGGUUUGGAUAACGCCUUGAUGGCUCUAGGUGCUGGUUGCAGUGAACUACAGUAUUUGAACGUAGGAUGGUGUGAGCAUAUCACGGACAGAGGAGUGACAGCAGUUGCACUUGGUUGUCCAAAUUUAGGGGUUGUCGACUUGUGCGGCUGCUACCACAUCACAGAUCGGAGUGUUAUGGUGGUGGCGGAUCAUUGCCCCCGUCUUCGAGCACUGAACUUAUACGGAUGUCAGAAUAUUACGGACCUUGCUAUGUACUCUCUGGCAGACAAGGGCAACGCACGGCGAACUGCGGCAGGGAAAGGAAGCAUGAAUCAAUCAAACAGCAGGAGCAUCACUGGGCAGCUUACUCGCCUAGCAGUUGCUGCCGACAGCGGUUUAGGGAGCUGCAGUGGAAGCAACAGCAGCAGCAGCAGCAGUCAUGAUAGUGUCACUCAUCAGCAGUCGAGUAGUACGAGGGGAUAUCUCGAGACGCUUAUCAACGAUCCUCAAGGAUUUGGGUUGAUGUCUCUCAACCUGAGUGGAUGCAUGGCUCUUUCAGCUGGAGCAGUUCAGGCGGUUUGCAAUGCUUACCCAGCCCUUCAUACGUGUCCCGACAGGUGCUCCUUGUAUAUAAGUGGAUGUCUCAAUCUCACGACGGUGCACUGUAAGUGUGCUAUAGAAGCGCGAAGAGAAAGAGUGAGUCGGCACCGAUCGGCUCCUGUUUAAAUCAGGACCUUGGGCAUAUGACAGCCUCCCUGUCGCGUCUCAUGUACACAAUUCAGUCCUCUUCUUAUACCCUUCAAAGACCCUUCCACAAUAAGUGAGUAGCAGUUCCAAUCACGUGCACAUUCCUAAUAUAGUCUUUGUGUGAAUGUGAACCUGCCAGAGUGGUCUCUGUCUUUGAGGUUAGGACCAGGUACUAACGAGCUUUUGCUGCCAAAAGUAUGGUGUAGGACACCUUUCCACCCGAACAGUCCGUGUAUAUACGUUGAUCUAAUUUUUGUAAAGUUGAAAGUUUCUUAGGUUGAUGUGCCACCUCUAGUUGGAAACCGUGAGGCACCGAAUGGUUCGUUUUACCGUCUCCAGUAAGUGGAGAAGCAGGUCAAUGGGCUACCAUGUGCACUUGUCUUGGUGUAAGGCCACCGGACGACAAACCAUUGCAUUGUAUAGAAAGCGGGAAAUAUAUAAAGUAGGGAUAGUAUCCGAUACCCAAAAGUUUUGCGAAGUCCCCAGAGACCUUGCAAAUUCAGUUUGUAUAAGCAGCUCCACCCGAGUUACCAACUAACAACAGAAGUGGCCCGAGUUUUGUACCGUGCCAACCGAUUAGCACAUGUCUAUUAUAGCAAUCAGGAAUCUUGCUUGAAGGUAUCCUGUCUCGAGUGAACACUUGUACAUUGGUUCCCCAUGCACUGACUUGGGUGUACAGAAAAUGCCAAGCGAAGUCACCACGCUUCGCAGUGCAUGCACUUUAAAUAUCAUCUGGUCUAAAAACUUCCGGUUCUCCGGAAUA